AUUUUGUUAUGACGACUGAAUACUUUUACUCUGUAGUGUUUUCAUUGGUAUGAUAUUCAUUAGUCUCAUCUGCCUGUCUGUAAAAUAGAAACUUGGAGUUGCAAAUUUGGGAGCAGCCACUAUUUUGAAGAAAGAAGCUGUGGAAAACAAAGAUGAACCCAAGUGGAUUUACAUAGAUGAGGAUCGAUUGUCAAAAGUAGAGUCAUUUUUGUUGAAAAACUCAGUUCUUAGUCAGCAACUAUAUGGACCUCAAAACCAACAACUUAUGUUCCAGAGUGACCCAGUCCAAGCAUCUAAACUAUCACAAGGUUCUGCAGUGAAAGAGACUUUUCCUGUAAGCAGUACAUUGGGUCAGUCACAAACUCAGACAGACUGUGCUUCUGCUGGAGCUAGUAAAAAUCAAGAAUUCUGGCAAGAUGCUGAAAUUGUUAAAGAUGAAGAUUUUUCCAACUGGGAGAUGCCACAUACCCCAAGCACUCCAUCAGGCAAAAAUUCACAAAACAAUGCUGGCGACUUCACAUCUGUAAAUUCUACUGCUGCAUCUGGUGUGAUAAAGGACAUAUUUACUGGUUCACCUUGGAGGCCCUUAUCAGCGGAAAAACACAAAAAACUUGACGGACAGUUGCUACAGGAGUUUUCACAAAGACAAAAUAUGUUGCAGUCAAGACUUUCUUGGUUCAGUGAAGACACAAAGAGAUUGCCUGUUGCAAACCAUAGGGGAAAGAUCAUUGAGUUGAUUGAAGCAAACAAAGUAGUUGUUUUAUCUGGAGAAACAGGAUGUGGUAAAACAACGCAGAUUCCUCAGUACAUUCUGGAUCAUGCCAUACAGAAUGGUAAAGGAUCAACAUGCAACAUAGUAGUCACACAGGUACACUGUAGUAAUAGCAUUCAUAUUAAUUUCUUUUGUUUAUCUGUCAGUAGGUCUGUUUGUUUGUUCGACAGACAUUCCAUUUAUUGUAACAGUAAAUUGUCCUUUCGUCAUUGUUUAACAUUUUACAACUGCAUGUCCUUGUUAGAAUUCUAACACAUUUUAUAGUGUCAUCAUUCAGCCUUCAAUGUUUCGUGCUUCUUCCCUAACUCGUAAUGACAAAACAAAAUUUGAACAUAAUCCACAACACUUCCUCUGUUAUGAACUGGUUUUGUUAAUCUGUAAUAACCAUUGAAAAUAAAGUAUCCAAUAGGCAUU